UGACUAUCUUUUCAAGCUCUUGCUUAUUGGUGAUUCGGGAGUUGGCAAGUCAUGCCUUUUACUCCGGUUUGCGGAUGACACAUAUACCGAAACAUAUAUUAGCACUAUCGGUGUGGACUUCAAAAUCCGCACAAUUGAGCUAGAUGGAAAAGUAGUCAAGCUGCAGAUUUGGGAUACGGCCGGACAGGAGCGAUUCCGGACGAUAACCUCAUCUUAUUACAGGGGUGCUCACGGAAUUAUACUAGUAUAUGAUAUUACUGACGCGGUGAGUUUUCGUGUAUUGUAUUCCAGUUAUACGUAUUCAGUUUUUAAUGUGUAUUUCUGGUUAUAA